CAGGAAGUGGAUGACGAGUCUGUGACCUUGAAUGAAACGGGGGGAAGUGGAGUGAAUUUGUGGGGAUUCGGGGAAUUGGACAUUAGGUAACUGCCCGAAAUCUGACUGUGUCCCUCUGUCUUACAGCUCCACCAGCACGCAAUCAAAUGCCCCAAAACGCCAGAAAGUGGAGGAGCUGGGUCCUCAGCCAGGUGCAGAACCAGCUCGAGCGCAGCCAGGUCCCCACCACCCUGCACAGCUGCCCCUGGAGCUGCCCCAGGUAAGGUCACACCACCUAGGUGGGUGUGGGGGAGACAGGUCUGCCUGAGCCUCAGGCCCUAGGGGACUUCCAGGAAAUGACUGUCCCAAGGGGUGUCAAUACAAGUGCAAAUUCUGGGUGUCCCUGCAGAGUUUAUGGUUGGGGAAGUUGCUGGCAGCUCCCUGCCUUGGUCUGUCCCUGUUGGAGCCUCCCUGACAGGACAAUGACUGACCCAUGGCUUUUCUCCCCCAGGACCCACAGCUUCCCCAGACGAAGGUGAUCAUCAUGGUGUUGGAACCAGGAAUGGUCCUGUACCUGCGCCUGGGAGAGGAGGUCCUGGUGCUGGAUCCACAGGGAGCCCUGCGACUCAGCCUCCUGAAUGUGCUCCUCCUGGUGGUCCCUGAGCAAGUCUUGAUGUCCUUGAAGGAUCUCUUGUUCCCUGCCCAUGCCCGCUGGCUCCUGCUCACGAGUACAGAGACUGUCUGGGAGAUUGACAUUGGAAAUGGAUCUGUGAGAGCCCGGAGAGCAGAGAAUGUGUGUGUGGCGCCUUCAGUACAAGAGGGUGAGGCUCCCCAAGGCUUCCUGCCCCUGAUGGGACCCCCAUCAAACCUCGUGCAUGGAAUCAGCCCUUCUUCCUGGCGCAUCCUCUACCUCAAACCUUACUACAGAGCGGCUGUCCCCCCAGGGCUCAUCCCAGAUGCCCAAGCCUGA